AGUGUUAGAUGUGGCCUUGCUUCCUGCGAGAAGUUGCUGCUGAUGUACGAGGGUUCGCCAAUCAACUACAUAGGGAUGUUUAUGGCGAUUUGGAAACACCCUCAACGGGGAUGAGUGACGCUGAGGAGUUGACAGACGCUGAAGUGGCUGAGGAGGCUGAUGCCUGCUUUUGGGAAGGGGAUCCCUUUGGUGCGCUUACGAGUGUCGAUGUGUUGACCUGUCCCUCUGGGGCCAAGUCCCGAUAUGGUCGGCACAGGUGUAUUGAAGAUGAUGAUUGUUGCUCGAAGUCUCUCACAUCGUCUAGUUCAGUAUCAGUCAUAGACGCUGUAGUGCAGACAGAGGGGGGAUACGUUGAGGAACUGCAGGAGACGGUGGCCGCCUUGGAGGCACAGAUCGAUGAACUGAGACGAAUGCUGGUCUGUGACACUGUCCCCCUGCCCUCCAUGAACCCUCCAAAUGCCCUACCUUUGUCCAACUCUGUCCAAGGGCCUCGUCGAGGGGAAGAGGAAAGGACGGCCACAUCACGUGCCUCAAGUAUACAAUGCACUAGUAUUCCAACAACCGAAAGCUUUAUUAUAUACUCGUCGGAGGAUUUGGACGGAUUUUCGGACCUCAGCGGUUCAUGAUGAAUAUUCACCUGGCACUCCGGUGGCGAUUGGUUACUGCUCUAGUGCGGCUCUUUCUAGAGGAGCAUCUUUGACUUGCUUGAUUUGACUAUAAACUAAUAUAACUCAGCAGUUGAGACUU